GCGCGGGAAAGGAGCGGAGCGCUCGGAGGUGUGAGGGACGCCGCCUGCGCUGUGGCUCCGGGCGUCCGUGGGCACCGACGGGCUCAGGCCUCACCUGGGCUCCCGGGAUUUUUCCAAGGAAAGAGAAAAAUGAGUAAGAGGAAGAAGCUUCGGACCUCAGGAGAAGUCCGUUCUCUGAAACCCCCUAAGAACCCACGACUGGGAGACUGUGUCCGAAGCCCCCCAGAUCCCAAGUUGGGCCAUUCGCAUCACUUUGAAGGCUCAGAAGGCAGUUUGGUACCCAUUCCUGCUACAGAACACAGCACAGAGGAACCAGGACAGGCGGUCACCAGCUCCCCUGAUGAGGAAGCGGGAUCGCCCUCCCAGCGCCUCAGGCAACCAGGGAAGGAGCCAGCUGUCCUUCCUCCCUCCCAGAACUCAUUGGGGAGGUUCGUCCCCCAAUUUGCAAAAUCAAGGAAGACAUUGACGAGUAAAGCAGGAACGAGAGAAGAGGACGUGGGAAGUGGGGCCUCCAGUCUGGAAACGCUUGCAGAGCCGAGAGCCCUGCCCGCAGGAAGCCUGUCCCUGGAGGAGCUCCCAGGACUUGCCCUCCAGGAGAUUGGGGAGCCAGGAGGUCAAGUACAGGCAGGUGGCACCUGCCCCGGGCAGAGCAGCCAGAGCUUCGGGAACCCUGUGCCCAGCAUUGGGGAUUCCCAGCCCGUGGUCUCUCCAGAAGGGGAUCCGGAGUACCCCACCUCACAGAGGGCCAGCCAGGAAUCCCUGUUGGAGCAAAGAACCAGGAUGUCUGAAGGUGGAGGCGUGGGGUACCACAGAUCUGAGGCAGAGGGAGUAGGGGCUGACCUGCUUAGAGAACCCCAGGAGGAAGAAGAGGACAUCCCUGGCUCCCCAGCACCAGCUCCUGGCUCAGGCCUGACUCAGGCACUGGGCCCUGCCACUCCACUCCUGGACCCUGGAUCUGCACCCCAGGGUCUCUCUGAGCCGAGGCAGACACCCAGUGGGCCUAGCGGGGAAGAGCAGAGGCACAACCCAGGACAUGUCUCCGAUGAGGCCGUUGUCCCUGCAGAUGUGAGCACAGACCCCCCUGAACUGGAGCUGAGGGCCUUGGAGGUGGCUAGGCCGGAUGGACAGGCUGACGCCGAGUUCCCCGCCUUUGCCAGCAGGAAGGCCCCUGACGGAGGCCGUAGUGGGACCUUGCCAGCCUGCAGGCCCCUGGCCAGGGAGACCAUAGCAGACAGAGAGGAGGCAGGGCAGGAAAAUGAGCCCUCCAGUGAAGCCCCAGUGGGUCCUGCAGCCUCCCUGGCCUUGACUUUUGGGAACCAAGAACCCACAGUGGGUGCUGGAGAUUCCAGCCUUCAAGCUCUGGAAACGGGUCCAGGUGUCCAUCAGGAACAGGUGCCAAGCCCCGACCAAGAAGCAGCCGAGUUGGGCAGCCAGAGCCACGUGCAAGAUCUUGAAGGGCUCAGCCUGUCCUUCCAAGCCGCCAACCUGCUGGAGCACAGAGAAGCUGCUGACAGCCCUCCUCAGGACACCCAGGCCUGUCGGGACACCCACCGAGACUCGCCGGGGCUGCUCGAGCUCCCUCCUGGUUCUGCAGACCAGCCUGUCUGGGAGGGAUAUUUGGCCAUGGAACUCGACUUCCUGCCAGACAGCCAGAUACAGGAAGCCCUGGACGCCCCCGACUUCGAGGCUCCCCCUGAGCAGCUGUUUCCUGUGGGGAGCAGGCCCGGCCCUGGCUGGCCCGGCCUCAGCCCGCGUGCCCAUGGAGACGCUGCCUCAGUGACCGAGGCCCAGACAAGGACCUGCGUGGGGGCCAAGGGCUGCGAGGCCCCCAGGAUGGAGGACGCCACGGACACCGUGCGCGGCCUCGUCGUGGAGCUCUCCAACCUCAACCGGCUGAUCAUGAGCACCUACCGGGACCUGGAAGCCUUCAGGCGCCUGCACCACCAGCGGAAGGCCAAGCCCACGGGGAAGGCACCCACAGCCCACCCGUCCAAGGGCACCGGGGCUGUCCCCCGAGGGCAGCAGCGCUGGAGGGAUCUGUAGGCGGUCUGCAAAGCUUUCUGUGCGCCCCCACGCCAGCAGACCCCUGAACACCUGGGCCUGGCUCUCUGCUGGUGGCAGGUGUCUUAUUUUCCACCCAGAUGUGCCAGGGGUCCCAGGACCCACCUCUCUGCUGGCCUGGGAUCAGCACCCUCCCUGGGAGGAGACCAGUCUCCCCAAAACCAGGGCAGCUGUAGGGGCCUGGGCUCCAGGAAGCCAGUGGGUGUCUUCCCAGAUGUCUAUCUGGAUUUGCAAAUUGAGGCUUCUCAGUCAGUUACAGUUGGGGGCGGGUUACUGGAGGUUCCGAAUUUGCUUAUCCCUUCUAGAGAAAAGAGCUGGCUUUGUUGGUGGGACCUUGGCCUGCCCCCCAUUUCCCUGUUGUCUGAGACACCCCAGUAAUAAACGGUUCACU